GGAGGCGGGUCGUCGAGUCGCUAGUCGCGGGUCGCGCCAACUUUUGUAAGUUUCCGAAGUGUUUGUUUCAUGUGCCUACUAACUUGCAGCGGAGCCUGUGCCAACCGCAACCAAUGUGCAGAUGCAAGAACGUAGUGAUAUCGAAGAAUAGCCCGAAGAUGAAGAGGCGGGUGCAGGAACCCAAAGGUCUGAACGGGGACGCAGCCAUUUACUGCAUGGUCACCGCGACGGCCGUGCUAAGCUACAUCAACAGCUUGAACGGAGACUUCGUCCAUGAUGAUAUACCAGCUAUUGUCAGCAAUGCCGAUGUGGUGGGAGGAGGGAAUCUGAAGCAGCUCCUCUUGGAUGACUUCUGGGGGACGCCGAUGGCAGAUCCAAGCAGCCACAAGUCGUAUCGUCCGCUGACCACGCUGUCUUUUAGGCUAAACUACGCGCUCUGCGGCCUGCAUCCGUGGUGGUGGCACGCUUGCAACGUCACGUUGCACGCUGCGUGUUGCGCGCUUGUCGCUCGCGCAUGCGUUACUGUGGCGCGGUUGCAGCGCCCGUUUGCUGCGCUCGCAGCGCUGUUGUUUGCCGUGCACCCUGUACAUACUGAAGCGGUGGCGGGUGUGGUUGGUCGAGCGGAGCUACUGGCCUGUAUGUUCUUCCUCUCUUCACUGCUGGUUUACCAUCGCCCCACAAGUAACAAGAGGAGCGUAUGGUUAAGCGUGAUCCUCGGCGCUCUGAGCAUGCUGGCGAAGGAAACUGGCGUCACAGUACUGCUCAUGAACCUAGCUAUCGAUUUCUUCCGUUGCUGGCCGUUUGUGAAGAGGUCUCUCUGCUCGCUGAAGAUCGAGAAGCGCUGCAGUGGCCUGUCUGUGCGGACCAUCAAGGUAGUGGUGUCACUGGCAUUGCUGGUGUCGCUCAGGCUGGCGCUGCUGCAGGGCACCUGGCCCAGCUUCAAUCCCCAGGACAACCCGGCCGCGUUCCACCCGAGCUUCUUUGUCCGGUUGAUGACGUUUUGCUACCUGGCUGCGUUCAACUGGUGGCUGCUCAUUUGCCCGUGGACGCUGAGCCACGACUGGCAGAUGGGCUCCAUACCCCUGGUCACCAGUGGCUGGGACCCACGCAACUUUCUCACGUGCGCGGCCUUCGGGACCAUGUUGGUGCUUGGCUAUAGGUGCUUUCUGGACUUGGAGAUGCAGCGUCAUACUCCCGUUACCAUUGGUCUGCUGUUCCUGGUGGUCCCGUUCGUACCAGCCAGCAACCUCCUCGUCACUGUUGGCUUCGUCAUCGCCGAGAGAGUGCUUUAUAUACCCAGUGUAGGCAGCGUCAUCAUCACAGCAUACGGUGUCCAGCUGAUGUGGUACUCCAAGCCUGGCUCCAAGGCGCUGCUGGUGGUGGGGCUAGCGGUGCUGGCGGCGAGCGGCGUGGCGAGGACUUACAGGCGGAACGCCGAGUGGCGGGAUAGAGCUACACUAUUAAGGGCGGAUUUAGUGACUUUGCCGCAGAACGCCAAACUGCACUACAACUACGGAAACUUCCUGCGCGAAACGGAGCAGCAAGACAACGCUAUCAAACAUUACAAAGAAGCUUUAAGGUUGUGGCCGGGUUACGCGAGCGCGCACAACAACCUGGGCACGCUGGUGAGCGAGAGCGCCGAGCACCACUUCCUGCAGGCGAUCCGGCACAACCGUCACCACGUCAACGCGCACUACAACCUCGCUAAGUUGUACAGAAAAAGCGGUCGGAGCUCUCAAGCGGUAAAGAUGUUAGAGCGAUGUAUCUUCUUACAACCGCGAUUCGUUCAGGCUCACGUGGAACUACUGAGUCUGAAGCCUGAGCCAGAGAAGAGGAAGAUACUAACGAGACUGAUAGAACUGGAACCAGAAAACUGGGAGCAUUAUAUUCUGUACGGGAACUGGUUGAAAAGUAAAGGCCUGCCCGGUCCGGCAGCGAAAUUUUUUAUCGAAGCAACUAGACUCAAUUUUAACAGUCCUAUCGACUCAAUUCGAGGGGAUCUGAUUUCUCUUAGAUCGACCGCUUUGAUGUACAGGAGCGUGGGACAGAAAUCAAGAAUUUUACAGCUUUUAACGAGAUGGCAUACUUGGCGUCGCGGCUACCCGAGCGCGGCGGCAGCACACAUGUACCUUCGGGAUUGGCGGCUCAGGAUGGAACUGGAGGGCCGGGCACUGAUAUACUCCAAGGCGGUUAACCCAGCUAAAGCGACAACCUGCGUCGACCACACUCAGCUGGAAGCGUCUUCAAACAAAACAACUCCAAGUAAGAUCACCAAAACUAAAGAAAACACAUUAGAACAAAGAAAGAUCUGUAAAGAGUGCAAAAAACGUAACCUAUCCGUGUCCACGCUAAUCAAGACCACACAUAACAAAUCUGAAAUCGGACUCAAAAAGUGUGCGAACAAGAAAAGUGUGAAAAAUGACGUCAUUCCCAACAUAGGGGUUCUGACGGAACGGAUCCUUGUCAAAACAUCCUGAAAGUCAGGACAUAGCUAGACUGUCUGAAAAUGUGAAUCUAGUUUUAAGGUUAUGACAAUAUCGCAAGUUAAGGAUUUCGAGUGGAGGAAUUUUAAAUUGAUUCAUUACUGCGGGGCUAAAAU